CAAACAAUUUCAAAAUCAAACAAAAGCUGAUUUAAGACUUUUUCAAAUGUCAAAAGUGACAUCGCUGUAUACUUUGUGAUAUUUAGUAUCUUGUAAUUCAGGCCGAACGGAAAACGCCAUUUUUAUCUUAAAGAUUAACUUAUGGCUUCUCGAUUAUUUACACAAGCGUUUAAAUUUACCCUGGGAUUGACUAAUCUUUCAUUUAAACUUAUAGUUUAAAACUAUUACUAAAUUGUGUUUACAAAAAUGUUGCGAUAAAUGUAAAAUUUUUGCCCACAAAUGUCAAAUUUUGCACUUAAAAUCGCUUUUCUUAAAUUGUUUUCUUAAAAAAAUAAACUUUUAUGGAAAAGAUCACAAUUCUAUAUGCCCAAAAACUAAUAGAAGAUUUAAUGGAAUCCUCAUCAUCAUCCGAUGAAGAUGAUGAAGUAUUUGCUGUAUUAAACGAUUUAGACAAGACGAAUCCAAAAGAACGUACAAGUGAUAAUAAAGAAAUGAUGGAGACAAAUGAAAAUAUUCAAACAACAACUAAUGAUGUGACUGUAGCAAAUGUUAAGGAAAUCACUAAUAUAAAGGAUAAAAUGCAAGAUGAUGAUCGAGUGGCUCAAACAAAUGAAACAGUGCCAGUAACAGCAAAGACAGAAAACUAUAAGGAAGUUAAAGAUGCAGUUGUCAACUCACAAUCAUUGGCCAAAGACAAAGAUAAUGUUGCCAAAAAUGUUUUAAAACGGUUGGAAACAGAAAAAUCAAACUUAGACAAAGAAGUUAAAGCAGCUUUUCAGGAAGGACGCUUUUUAAGCUUUGAAGAUAAAGUUCUGAAUAUGAUAUCAGAAAGAAAUUUUAAACACAAUUUCCAUGUUAGUCGAGGAACUGCUAUUUAUCUUAUGGAAAAAUAUUCAUUAUGGUAUUGCAAGACAACUUAUCUAGAAAGUAGUGUUAAAUCAAGAGUGGAAACUAACGUAUUAGCUUAUCUAUGGUUUUCUGCCAAUAAGACCAAUUUUCGUAAUAUUGCAAAACUAUUUAAGCAAACCUUAUCACAUAUAUACAAAGCCAUUAAGACAGUCGUACAGUUUCUUGUAGAAGAAUUGGGAGCGGAAGUUGUUAAGUUUCCCCAUUCUCACCCAGAGAAAGAAGCCGUUGCCAAAGAUUUUGAAAUGGUUGCUGGAUUCCCCAAUGUUCUAGGUUGUUUUGCUGAAAGUUUUUUUACAAUAAAAGUACAAAAAUUAGCUCAAGAUUGUGGUGGUUAUAUUGUUUAUCUGCGUGGAAUAUGUGAUGCAAAAUCGAAAUUUUUAUAUGCUAAAACGGGCAUACCCCGCGAAACAGUUGAUACCUUUUUGGAAAAAGAUCUACCAGAAUUAUGUUCAUCCGACUAUCAUUUGUUGGGUGAUGUAAAAUGUCCCAUAAGAGAAUAUCUAAUGAUACCAUUCGAUAAUGAUGGUAAAUUAGAUGAGGCUGGUAAAAUGUUUAACAUUAAACUAAUACGCACACAUGUUAAAAUUAAAAAGGCAUUCGGUUUAUUACGCAGUCGUUUUCAACAGUUGAAAUAUUUAGAUUUUCUAACUGCCGAAACAAUGUCCGAAUUUAUUUUUAGCUGUUGUGUUGUGCAUAAUAUAUGCAUUGAUCGUGACGAUUCAUAUAAUGAGGAAAUUUGUACCGAUGUUUCCGAUAGACUUCAUGCUAGUUCUUUGAGCAGUAUUAAAAAUGAUGAGUUUCUUUCAGAUUUGGGUUUAAUGAAAAGAUUCGAAAUUAAACAUAUUAUUUUUAAUAAUAAAACAUAAUUAACAUAAAUAAAUUUUUAGCUUAUUCUCAUA